CACAGACCACCAGAUCUGAUAAGAUCUGAGCCGACAUAAUCCGAUUUGAUACUCUCGCUUUAGAUCUGAGAUAUUUAAGGUACCAUCUAGAAGAAGAAAAGGAGCUAAAAGAACGACAUGAUGUCGUCGACCGGAGAAGGGUUUUGAUGUAUUCUCGAAGAUGGGAUCCGGGUAUUUGCGUAGGAGAUUGGUUCAUCAAGGAGUUUCAAGAGCGCGAUUCGGAUGACUGGAAAAAAGGCUUUCCUUCAAAUCAAUCAGGGAUUGAUUUGAGAUUCAAUAAGGAGAAUUUGGGGAAGAUAAGAAAAUGGAAACUUUGGAUUGAUCGGUGCAGGGCCCCGAUCAUUAUCAAGCAAGAUCAGGCAAGAAGGAAUUGGUUUUUGGAGGUUUAUUUGGCUUAAUGGGUAUAAGGAAAGUAAUUCUUGUUUUGGUUCUUUGGAUUUUUGUUAAAUUUUGGAAUAAAAUUAGCUUCUGGUGUUUCUGGUACUUUAAUUUGCUGGGAGUAUUUGUUCAUCAUCAGAAUGGCUCUGUUACUUGGGCACGAAGAUGUGGAAACGUUUGGAGGCUGGUAUGUAUAAGGCAAAUUGUGUCUGUUGGUAUGGUGCUGUGGUCUGUUGGAAAACGCUUGGCUCUGUAUUUAGGUGUGUGGCAGGAACGGGUGAGAGUUGACAAGUUAUGGUGGAGGCCUUUACGGUUACGGAGAUGGGGCGAGAGAGGAUUGACAUGGCGUUUAAUGGAAUAUACUGAUUGGUACAAUGAUGGCUUUGAUCAACAACAUGAGUUUGAGAUGGUCAUGGAGUAUGAGAGGCUUCAAAACUUUGGUUUUUUUGGUGUUAUUAUGAUGUCAAUUGCGGGGAAAUACAUGUAUAAGGGGAAUGGAACAGUGGAUUUGGACAAUGUGUGGCACGUAAUACUGCACAUCUCAUUUUCUUUAUGCAAAGUCCUAUACGGUUGUCAUAAGGAAUUGUGGAAAAAUUGUACUUUCACUGGUGUAAUUGAGUCUAAACCUUUAUAUUGUUCGGAGUUUACAAUAUUUUUUUCUUGUGAUGAUUGUUGUGGUGGUUUUUCUCAUUGUUCUCACAAUACUUGGAGUUUUUGGGAUUCAUUGGUAAUGUUAUUGGAAUAUUUUUUAAUGAUGAUUUUCUUCAUAAGGAUGAUGAUUAGCUCGUCAAUAGAUCUCAGGAGGGGUUAUAGAUCGACACGAACGGAUGCUGGGAAGUUUAUAGGGUAUGUUGAUGAGUUCUACAUGUUAUCUAGAACUACAUUUUUGGUGCUCCUUGUCAACAAAGGUAAUCAGUCACGAAACAAAGGAUUUUUAGAAGAGAUAAGUGGUGGGGGAAGGAAAGUGUGCCUAAUAUUCUUUAGUUCAGUUUGGAUAAUAGAGGAUGAUGUUGGUGAUGUCGGUUCGAGUAUGGUUUGGCUAAUAAGGCAUGGGAGUCAUAUAGGAAAUGAUUUAUGUUAUAUUGUGUCUAUGUUAAACGUAUAUUUAAAGGUUUUUUAUGGAAUACGGGAUUUCUUGGAUUUGUGGGUAUUUAAGCCAAUCAUAAAAUGGCUGGGUAUCUUUAAAUCCCAAUGUUCCGGCUCAAGAGAGCAAUACAACAUUUUUUAUAUAUGAAAAUAUUAAGCUGGAAUUGUAGAGGUCUUGGGAGUCAUUGGACCAUAAGUUAUCUUCGGGAGACAUGGCAUAAAAACACAAACCGGAUUUUUUUUUUAUCUGAAACGAAACAGGAUUUUGAGUUUGUACAAUGGUUUCAACCACACUUUGGAUAUGAUAGUUUGACUACUGUGGAUCCAAAUGGGAGGAGCGGUGGUUUAGCUUUUUUUUAUAAUAAUGAGUAUCAGGUGAAAAUUUUAUAUUCUAGUAAUAGAAUGAUAGAUAUUGAGGCGGUCGUCAAAGGGAAACAAGUUUUUCUUACUUUUGUUUAUGGGGAUCCGGUGCAAAAGCUAAGAGAACAGGUAUGGGAGAGACUAACUCGAUUUGCAUUGGCACGUUCAGAACCUUGGUUUAUUAUAGGCGAUCUAAACGAAAUUACUGGGAAUCAUGAAAAGGAUGGGGGCUCUCUACGGUGUACAACUUCAUUUAUUCCUUUCAAUAAUAUGAUAAGGAAUAGUGGUUUAUUAGAAUUUCCGGCUCGAGGAAAUACACUGUCGUGGCAAGGAAGAAGGGGCAAAGGAAAAGGAGCAGUGACGGUCCGAUGUCGAUUGGAUCGGGCUCUGGCAAAUGAGGAAUGGCACACGCUUUUUCCAUGUUCUUAUACAGAGUAUCUAAAGAUGGUGGGGUCUGACCAUCGUCCAGUGGUGGCUUUCUUAGAGGAUAAUUUUACAAGGAAAAAAAGGGGGCAAUUUAGAUUUGAUAAAAGAUGGAUUGGUCAGGAGGGUCUUAUGGAGUCGAUUGUAGCUGGCUGGACGAAGAGUCAGGAAGGACACUCAGGAGACUUUGUUACAAAAAUUAAUAAUUGUCGUCAUGAAAUUUCUUCAUGGCGUAAAGAUAAUCAACCAUCUGGAAAGGAUAAAAUCCAGGAGCUUCAACAGGCACUUGAGGAAGUUCAAAUGGAUAAUAAUAGAUCACAAGAAGAUAUUAUUGAGGUUUCUAGGAAAUUGCAGGAGGCUUAUAAGGAUGAGGAGGAAUAUUGGCAUCAGAAAAGCAGGAAUAUGUGGUACUCAUCUGGCGAUCUUAAUACUAAAUUUUAUCAUGCUUUGACGAAGCAGCGUAGGGUUCGUAACAAAAUAGUGGGUUUCCAUGAUGAAACGGGUAAUUGGAUAAUGGAUGAGAAAGGAGUUGAGAAGGUGGCGGUUGAUUAUUUUGAGAGUAUGUUCACGACCACGGCUCCAACGGAAUUUGAUAGUUUUUUGGAAGAAAUAGCACCAUCUAUUUCUCCCAAAAUGAAUCAAAUAUUACUGAGAGUGGCAACGGAGGAAGAGGUCCGACAAGCUUUAUUUAUGAUGCAUCCUGAGAAAGCGUCAGGACCGGAUGGGAUGACAGCUCUUUUUUUCCAGCAUUCCUGGCAUAUAAUUAAAAGGGAUGUGGUUGAGAUGGUGAAUAAUUUCCUUCUUACAGGAAAUAUGGAUCCACGUUUAAAUAUUACUAAUAUAUGUAUGAUUCCGAAAGUCGAGAGACCCACAAGGAUGACGGAAUUACGACCGAUAAGUCUUUGUAAUGUUGGUUACAAGAUUAUUUCGAAGGUUUUGUGUCAAAGAUUGAAAAUUUGUUUACCAAGGCUAAUUUCGGAGACACAAUCGGCAUUUGUGGCGGGCAGGUUAAUAUCGGAUAAUAUUCUUAUAGCGCAGGAAAUGUUUCAUGGACUGAGGACAAAUAGGUCAUGCCAGAACAAAUUUAUGGCAAUCAAAACGGAUAUGAGCAAGACAUAUGAUAGGAUCGAGUGGAACUUUAUUGUGGCUCUUCUUCACAAAAUGGGAUUUGAUCCUCGCUGGACUAACUUGAUGAUGGAAUGUAUCUCUUCGGUUCAAUAUAGGGUACUUAUCAAUGGUCAGCCACAUGGACUUAUUAUCCCUCAACGAGGCUUAAGGCAGGGGGAUCCUCUGUCUCCGUAUUUAUUUAUUAUGUGCACUGAGGCAUUAAUCGCAAAUAUUAAGAGGGCGGAGAGAGAGAAACAACUUACUGGUUUAAAGGUGGCAAGAGCGUGUCCAGCAAUCUCUCAUUUGCUAUUUGCAGAUGAUAGUCUUUUCUUUUGCAAGGCAAAUAAGGAGGAGUGUCAAACCAUUCUCAGGAUUUUAAAGGAAUAUGAGGCUGUCUCAAGGCAAAAAAUUAAUUUCCACAAAUCUUCAAUUCAAUUUGGGCAUAAGAUUGAAGAAGCCAGUCGUCAAGAAUUGAGGAAUAUUCUGGGAAUUCAAAAUAUAGGAGGCAUGUGAUCCUACUUAGGUUUACCAGAA